CCGGCCCGCUGUCGCCUGCCGCCCGCCCUCUGGCUCUUGCCGCCGUCAUGCCCCGGGCYGUGCUACCCAAGCUGCUACUGCCACUGCUGGGCCUUGUCGCUGCCACGGUCGCGGACUGUCCUUCAUCUGCCUGGGUUCAGUUCAAAGACAGCUGUUACAUUUUUCUUGAAGAAGCCAUCAAAGUUGAGAGUAUAGAAGAUGUCAGAAAUCAGUGUACUGACCAUGGAGCAGACAUGAUAAGCAUACAUAAUGAAGAAGAAAAUGCUUUUAUACUGAAUACUUUGAAAAAGCAAUGGAAAGGCCCAGAUGAUAUCCUCCUAGGCAUGUUUUAUGACACAGAUGAUGCAAGUUUCAAGUGGUUUGAUAGUUCAAAUAUGACAUUUGAUAAGUGGGAAGACCAAGAAGAUGCUGAGGAUCUAGUUGACACCUGUGGUUUUCUGCACACCAAGACAGGUGAAUGGAAAAAAGGAAAUUGUGAAGUUUCUUCUGUGGAAGGAACACUUUGUAAAGCAGCUAUCCCAUAUAACAAGAAAUAUUUAUCAGAUAACCACAUUUUAAUAUCAACUUUGGUGAUUGCUGGUACAGUAAUUUUGACAGUUUUGGGAGCAAUCAUUUGGUACCUAUACAAAAGAAAUUCCAAUUCUGGUUUCACCACAGUUUUUUCAACUACACCCCAAUCACAUUAUGAUGACGACUGUGUUUUGGUAGUUGCAGAAGAAAAUGAAUGUGCUGUUGGAUUUGACUGAAAUUUGGUAAUGUCAAAACAGAUAGACACCAAAUGCCUUGACAGCAAUUCCUGUGCAAGAUUUUCAUUUAAAACUUGAUACCGAAUAUCAUAGCUUUUAUGGUUAUUCCAUAACAGUAAUAGUAUUUUCAUGUACUCAUUGGGACAAGAAUUAAUCUUCCAGUUCAUUAUUAAUGUAGAUUUUA